AUGACAAAUUCUAUGUAUGCUUUUUCAGGUGAGGCUUCUCUAACAAACGGGUAUUUGGACACCACGAUAGACUGGAUUCCAGGACUGAAGGAUAUUCGUCUGAGAGAUCUCCCAAGCUUUGUACGCACCACAGAUCCAGAAGACAUCAUGCUAAGCUUCGCCAUGGGGGAGGUAGAAAGAGCUUCCAAAGCUUCUGCUAUCAUCUUAAACACUUUUGACAUAUUGGAAUAUAAAGUGUUGGAGGCUCUUUCUUCAAUGUUUCCUCCAAUUUACACCAUUGGCCCCAAUCACUUGAUUGUGAACAAGAUUGUUCCCCAGAACGCUAUAUCGUCAUCGAUCGGUUCCAGCCUUUGGAAAGAAGAGCCUGAGUGCCUACAAUGGCUGGAUUCCAAGGAACCCAACUCGGUGGUUUAUGUUAAUUUUGGGAGCAUUACUGUUAUGACACCCCAACAGCUUGUUGAGUUUGCUUGGGGUCUUGCUAAUAGCAAAAAGCCCUUUUUGUGGACAAUUAGGCCUGACCUUGUGAAGGGUGAAGCUGCUAUUCUCCCAUCGGAAUUUGCCCAAGAAACGAAACAAAGAGGUUUGUUGGUCAGUUGGGCACCACAAGAGGAAGUUCUGAACCACCCAUCUAUAAGAGGAUUCUUGACACACGGUGGCUGGAACUCCACCAUUGAGAGCUUGAGUGCUGGAGUGCCAAUGGUUAUAUGGCCGUUUUUCGCGGACCAGCAGACGAACUGUUGGUUCUCGUGCACUCAAUGGGGAGUUGGCUUGGAGAUUGAUAGCAAUGUGAAGAGGAGUGAAGUGGAGAAGCUUGUGAGAGAAUUAAUGUCGGGUGAGAAAGGGAAAGAGAUGAGAAAGAACGCCAUGGAGUGGAAGGGAAAGGCAGAGGAAGCUACUGGUCCGAGGGGUUCUUCAUUACUGAAUUUGGAGAAGUUGGUUAAAGAUGUACUGCUGCAGCCAUCAAAACCCUAG